GGAGAAGCAGAGCACGUGGUGGGAAGAGAGAAGGGUUUGGAAAGGGCAAAACAAUGACACGAACUUUCACUGUAUCAUCUUCUUGCUCUUAGCUUCGCCAUUAUUCAAUCUCCGCUCUACUUUUCGCCACUUUCUUCCCUUUCCCACUCCCACAAUUCACCCAUUUCAACCCUUUGACGCGCAUACACACAGCGAGAGGCGGCCAAACGAGGAUUUUCAGCCUUGUUUCUGGUCCCUCUCCUUCCCUUUUCCCCCUCCCCUGUUUCUGCAUUUCAUUCUUCCACUUCUUCAUCUUUCUGGGUUUCCAUUUUGGUUUUAAUGCCCUCUCGCCGAAGCUGUUGCGUCAUUUCGAUGCCCUUUCUUGGAUCCUCUUGAAUCCGUUGCAGAAGGGCAUCAGCUGAAUUCAAGGUUUUCUUUGUCAACAAAAUGAAAAUGAAGCUUGGAUCCAAGAAAUGGAAAUCCAUCGUCCCUCGUUUUAAAGGAAAAUCAUCAGCUCCCUCGUUUUCUCUGGUUUCCAAAUCUAAGUCGGUUAAAUAUUGUCCAGACAAAACGCCGGUCUAUCUAAAUGUGUACGAUUUAACCCCGAUGAAUGGUUAUGUCUAUUGGGCAGGCCUUGGUAUCUUUCACUCUGGUGUAGAAGUCCAUGGUGUAGAAUAUGCAUUUGGAGCUCAUGACUAUCCAACCAGUGGCGUUUUUGAAGUUGAACCUCGACAAUGCCCCGGCUUCAAAUUCAGGAGGUCAAUAUUGAUUGGCUCGACCUGCCUCAAUCGUCAUGAAGUCAGAGAGUUCAUGGAGCAACGCUCUUCGAGCUACCAUGGUGAUACAUAUCACCUCAUUGUCAAGAACUGUAAUCAUUUCUGCAAGGACGUCUGUCAUCAAUUGACUGGGAAAUCAAUUCCGAAAUGGGUAAAUCGACUCGCUAAAAUAGGUUCCGUUUGUAAUUGCAUACUUCCCGACUCCCUUAGAAUAUCUGCCGUAAGACACGAUCCCACUUUCCCACCAUAUGAGACCGAGAGGACGAAGCUGAGGAAUGCUUCCAGUUGCUUGUCUACUAUAUCAAGUCAGCAGAGGCAGCUGUCUUCAUCUUCAUUAUUUCUACGGUCGCCAUCGAAAGGCUGGGAAUUGAAGAAGCCGAACGGCGAUCCCCCUCAUGCCUCAAAGGAUAGUGUAAAUGUAUGUCUGUUUCUGGAUCGUAUCAAUGAAUGGUCCUUACCAUGCAGCUCUCUGUCAUUUCAAGCUACCCCCAACCCUCAAAAGGGGAAGCUAUAAGCUGGACGUCGUCGUCAUUCACUAAUGGUCACUACUCUUAAAUCAACAAGCUCAAGGGAUAGAACUUUUUGGAGAUAAUACCACUUGGAAUUACUCUUUCAUUGGCUACUGUUUGUGUGGUAUGUCAAUAAUUUUGAAAGAAAAAGGGAAAAAGAAGGAAAAAUCUCGUGUCCCCAAUAUCUGGCUCUCUGUGCCUAUUUGUUUGAAAGUGGGACCUCACAACUCACAGGCAUCCCAAGGCCAAUGGGAGAAUCCAAUGCGAGUGUGCCCUGAACUUGAUUGGUAUCGUCCAAGGGCCCUUGUCCUUUUCAACUGCAACCCAAUUUAUACAGACAAAUUUGAUAACAUGGGGGAGCUAUGGCGAUCAUGGAAAAACUCGAAGCCAAUGUAUAACCAAUACCUAAAUGACUUCAACAAAUCUCCCCUCAUCUUACAGAUUCUUUUAGUUUGAAUUUCCAUCCACCAAUAGUAUCUGUCAUAUAUAGUAUUCAAAAAGAACAAAAAAAAA